AUGAGUUUAAGGCCAUCCGUCGUCGGUCUGUUGGGCGGCGGCCAGCUUGGCCGCAUGCUGUGUGAGGCCGGUGCAGCUUCCAACGCGCAGAUCGCCAUCCUCGACGCGGACAGCUGCUCGGCCAAGCAGAUCAACAGCAACCCGCACCACAUAUCAGGCUCGUUUAAAGACGCCGCCAAGAUCAAGCAGCUCGCGGCGGCGUGUGACGUGCUGACCGUCGAGAUUGAGCACAUCGAGACGGAAGUCCUGGAGGAAAUUGCGACCCGCGGCGUGCCGGUGCACGGCGCAGACGGCACGAACACGGCGUCGACGAUGAAGAGAGUCGCCGUGCACCCGUCGUGGAGGACGCUGCGGCUGGUGCAGGAUAAGUUCGAGCAAAAGGAGUAUCUACGCGGACAGGGAAUUCCCAUCGCGGAACAAAUGGCCAUUGAGUCGGGCGGUGACGAGGGCAUGCUCGCAUCGAUGGAGCGUGCGUCCCAGAAAUUUGGGUAUCCGUGGAUGCUCAAGGCGCGGAAGGACUCCUACGAUGGCCGGGGCAACUUUAAAAUUUCGAGUCAGGACGACCUGCGACGAGCUGCUCAGGAGUUUGGCAGUCUCGCCUGCUACGCGGAGAAGUGGGUGCCUUUUGAGCUCGAGCUUGCUGUCAUGGUCAUCCGCGCCGAAGACGACGCCGGCCACCUCCGGCGCGUAAUGCCCUAUCCCGUUGUCGAGACGGUCCACGAGGAUAGCAUCUGCUCCAAGGUGUACAUGCCGCCGAGAAAAGUGUCGACGGAAGUGUGUCGCAAGGCGCAAGCGGUAGCCAUCGCCGUGGCCGAGCAGCUUUGGGGACGAGGCGUCUUUGCCAUCGAGAUGUUCCUUACAAAAGACGGCGACAUCAUCUAUAACGAGUGUGCGCCGAGGCCGCACAACAGCGGGCACUUGACAAUCGAGGCUGUUCCUUACAUGUCGCAGUUCAAGGCGCAGCUCACGGCCAUCCUGGACGAGCCUCUUCCAGAGGUUCUGGAACCCCACGUAGAGUCCAGCAUCAUGAUCAACAUUCUCGGUGGUGCCCACCCGGACUCACACCUGCCCUUGGUGGAAAAAGCCAAGUCCAUGUACGCCGCCAAGACAGCGGUCUACGUCCAUCUGUACGGUAAGGAGUCGAAGCCGAGCCGCAAGAUCGGUCACAUCACGGUGACGUCGUUCGGGUCCAUCGCAGAGCUGGAGAGGUUCGCCGAGCCAUUGCUGGAACUGAGCAGUCGCAUCCGCCAAGAGCGCCUCGAGGCGUCGAUCAAGGCUCUCCGUCCUCAAGCUGCCGCUGCGCCAACCGUCAAGGGCAGUGGCAGCGGCAGCCCGCUGGUGCUGGUCACCAUGGGCUCCGACUCGGAUCUGCCGGUGCUCAAGGCUGGCAUUGACGUGCUGACCGAGUUUGGCGUGCCGUGGGAGAUUGAUAUUACUUCGGCGCACCGGACGCCCGACAAGAUGGCCCAGGUAGCCAGGGGCGCGGCCGGUCGCGGUCUCAAGGUUAUCAUUGCAGCCGCCGGAGGAGCCGCCCACCUGCCGGGCAUGUUGGCGGCCUACACGCCUCUGCCGGUCAUUGGCGUGCCCGUCAAGGCCACCCACCUCGAUGGAUACGACUCCCUCCUCAGCAUUGUGCAGAUGCCGCGAGGUGUGCCGACUGCCACGGUGGCCAUCAACAAUUCCACCAACGCCGCUCUGCUCGCCAUCAGAUUUCUGGGCGCGUUCAUGCCCGAACUCCUCGACAAGAUGAAGAAGUACCAGGCGGAAAUGGAGCAGCAGGUCACGGAGAAAGCGGACAAACUCAAGAACAUGGACAUUGAGGCGUACCUCGCAGACAUGAGACACAGGUGA